AUGCCAAUAAGCUAUGACAAGAAAACUGCCAAGAAUGGAACAUCUGAUACCGAGGGACAUUGUUCUACAGGCCGUCUAAUGACGAUAUUCGUCUUGAUUAUGGCCAUCAUGAUGGUCUUAAUCCUACGCAUCGUCACUAUGAUAGUGAAUCCUGUGACACGAAAGCGGAACCCAACCUCUGGACAUACCCGUUGGAAGAACACAACCAAUACCUUUUCCAACGGACUUAUUGAUAGCCAAGCAAUACACAAGGCUAUUUUUGAUGAUAAUACCGACAAGACUAACAUGCGCCAGUCUCCAUCGUCAACAAAAGAAGAGUCCAUCUGCGACUCUCUGGAUGAGAAUAUGCCAGUCUUACUUUCUAUUUUGCGUGGAGAGGAAGUAAAGGUGUACAAUGAUACGCAGCACGGCGAGGGUCCUGAUUUCCGCAUUCAGUCACUCAUCGAAAUUGACAUGAAUGGCUAUCAAAAACCUUUUGCCUCUGACAUUCGAGUUUCGGCCACAAAUGGGAAUACCACAUCUACCGACCCAACUGCUGCCAAGAUAAUUAUCAUCAAAGGAUUCAAUCGGGAUCUGAUUGACCGUGUGUUUCGAAAGAAGCAUCUCUAUUUUAUUGGAGAUUCGACUUCUAGAAACUUGUUUGUGGCGCUUCGAAGACUUCUAAAUUACAUACAGUUUGGUGCUCCUAAAGACCAGAAUGAAACGGCUCAAAUCAGCUCCCAGUCUCGAACUUCGUCCGAGAAUGACAAUGAUUUGGAAUACGACAAGUGGACAGAUAGCUUGGAAAUACUGUUUGCCAAAGCUCAGAAGAAGUGGAAAUCUGGCGACUCGCUUCCACCUUAUAUGAUUCCUGCGGAAAGGACAUACCUUCGAAUCCUUGACGUGAGUUCAAUUUAUGUCGAAUCCCCAGCGCAACGAAAGUCUGCCGAAAAGACAAAUCUACGAGAAGACUUUAGCAACUUGGCAAAAUCGACGCUGGUCAAUCCACAAGCUAUCAUCUUCAAUGCAGGCUUGCAUCUGCUGCAACUCAUUCCGAACCGCAAAUUGAGUCACUACAAGUACGAAGGUUGGAGUCAAUACGAAUCCAUCUUGGAAACACUACUCCAAGUUUCAAUCGACUCUGAGGCCCCAAUCAUCUUGGCAAAGUCGACUAAUCGCGUCUGUGAUUCUAAAUUUGGCCCCGACUAUAGGAACUAUGCCAAGGCGUACACUGAAAAGGACGAGAAGACUCUAGAGAAUUGUGAGAAAAUUGUAAAACAGCAAGAGAAGGACAAGAAAAAAGAGGCACACGAAAAAGGUUACAACAUCACAGGGCUCGGGAAAUCGCAACGAGAGGAAAUUUGCAAAUUUGGAACCCUCAAUGACGAAGGUUCUUUGCUAUUGAACCAACGAAUGACCAAGUUUGUGGAGCAGAAGCGAAUGACAAUGCCGAAUCGACUAAGGUAUUUCAAUGAUCAUGAUAUCGAGUUGUGCAACUAUUCGAGAGGAGGAGACGGACGGCACUACAAACCACAGGUCUUUGUUCGAUUGCACUUGCUGGCGAUCAUGCUGGAUUGCAUGUCUGCUGAUUGA